CAAAUCUCGUAAUGAAAACGAGGCAAGAUACUUCCGAGCUGUGUUGAUGUCAAAAUGGCGGGACAUUUCUCAGAAUUCGGACUACUCCCAGAACUUGUUCAAGGAAUUGAAGAGAUUGGUUGGAUGUUGCCAACUGAUAUUCAAGCAGAAGCAAUACCUUUGAUUCUUGGAGGUGGUGAUGUCCUAAUGGCAGCAGAGACUGGAAGUGGCAAGACAGGAGCAUUUUGUUUGCCAGUAAUCCAAAUUGCGCAUGAAACUUUGAGAGAUGCCAAGCAAGGGAAAAAGGUCACUACUAGCCCAACUGGUGGGCCCGAAAAAUGGGUUAUGAGUGCAAAUGACAGGGAGCCCUCUUUUGCCAUUGACGAUACUGGGCUAUUGUGCCAAUCACGGGAACAUACAAAGUGGCAGGGGGCAAGGGCUGCAUUGGGAGUUACAAAAGGAAAAUGGUAUUACGAGGCUACAGUGACAGAUGAGGGCCUUUGCAGAGUAGGCUUCUCAACAGCUAAAGCUACUUUUGAUGUUGGAACUGAUCGAGAAAGUUUUGGUUUUGGAGGAACAGGGAAGAAAUCUUUUUCAAGGCAGUUUGAUUCGUAUGGGGAGCCAUUUGGAAUCAAAGACACACUUGGUUGUUAUAUUGAUCUAGAAGAUUACACUAUAAUGUACAGCAAAAAUGGAAAUCUACUAGGAAGGGCAUUCGAUAUUCCCAAAAAUCUACACGGAUCUGCCUUUUUUCCUUCCGUCACACUUAAAAAUGCUGAAAUGAAAUUCAACUUUGGUGAUCAGCCAUUUGUGAACAACCCAGUAUCAGGUUAUGCUGCAAUAUGCAAAGCGCCAAAGGACCUGGUUAAGAAAUCACAGCAAGCUGCCUCAACACCUGCAAAGUUUACCAAUGUUUGUUCACCUUCCAGCAUAAUAAUGGAGCCGUCAAGAGAGCUUGCAAUUCAGACCAACGAAAACAUAAAAAAUUUCAAGAAGUACAUCCCUGACCCCAGGCCUACAUGCACCGUCCUAGUUGGUGGUGGUGACGCGCGAGAGAUGAUUAGAGAUCUGGAAAGUGGGAUUGAUAUCGUGACUGGUACACCAGGCAAACUGAUUGACUUCAUAUCGACAGGAAAGUUGAAACUGGACCAGGUUAGGUUCUUCAUUUUGGAUGAAGUUGAUGGGCUUCUGUCUCAAAAUCAGUCAGAAACGAUCAAGUCUAUUUACAAUAAAUGUCCGAAGACCUCUAUGGAUGGAAAAAGACUUCAGAUGAUUGUCUGCUCAGCAACUCUUCACAACUUUGAUGUUAAAAAAUUGGCAGAACAACUCAUGCACUUUCCUACGUGGAUCGAUCUCAAAGGCCAGGAUUCAGUCCCUGAUACGGUUCAUCAUGCUGUUUGUAGAGUUGACCCUACCAAAGACAAAAGUUGGGCCAGUCUAAAACACCAAGUUAAGACUGACGGUAUCCACGAAAAUGAUAAACUCAAUCCUAGAAGUUUAACCCCAGAAAUGAAAUCCGAAGCGGUGAAGAUACUCAAGGCAGAAUACUUGCUGAAAGCGAUUGAGGAACAUAAAAUGGAUCAAGCCAUUAUAUUCUGUAGAACGAAAUUGGAUUGUGAUAAUUUGGAGCAGCACAUUAUUGCCAAAGGCGGUGGAAAUCGUAACAACAAUAAGUAUUCUUGCGUGUGUUUGCACAGUGAUCGAAGCCACAAAGAGCGACAGGGCAAUCUUGCGGCUUUUAAGAGUGGAAAGGCAAAAUUUCUUAUAUGUACUGAUGUUGCGGCAAGAGGUAUCGACAUAAAAGGCAUACCUUUUGUCAUCAACAUCACCCUACCAGAUGACAAAGCCAACUAUAUUCAUAGGAUUGGCAGAGUAGGCAGAGCUGAGCGGAUGGGCCUAGCACUCUCUUUUGUAUCUGCUGAAAAAGAAAAGGUUUGGUACCAUAAAUGUGAAAGCAGAGGCAGGGGCUGCUACAACUCAAGGCUGUUAGAACAGGGUGGUUGUGCAAUUUGGUACAACGAGAUUCAGUGUUUAGCAGACAUCGAGGAACAUCUUGGAGAGACAAUUAGCACAGUCGAACCCGAUUUCAAGGUUCCCACGAAUGAGUUUGAUGGAAAAGUUACGUACGGUCAGAAAAGAUCAAACAAGGUUGGUAAUUUUUCAUAUCAUACUCAAGAAAUUGCAUCUUCGGUUAAAGAAUUAGCUGCGCUGGAGAAGAAGGCUCAGUUGUCAUAUUUACAAUUGAAAACUAAUUGGCAAAAGACAGCUGCUUAAAGCUUAGGUAUCUAAUAUUCUAAUUAUAUUGUGUACAAUGAAUUUCAUAUUAUAAUCAGAAGCGAAUCGCACGCAAAUGUUGAA